AUGGAUGAAUUCGAGUGGAAUGAUGUCAAGGAUGGCGCGCUCGACUCCUUGAAGGCCACCAUUUUCUCCAGCUCAACAUCCCGCCGCCGCGCCGCUCUCCAUGAACUUCAUGAGAAAAUCCUCUCACGCGACCUGCCUAAGGAAUUGCAUAGGCCUCUUCUAGAUCUUCUUUUUGGAACCUACCCGGUAUACGUUGAUCGGGACUCCCGCCGAGACGCGCAACGAUGCAUUCAAGAUAUCUUUCGCGCUCCCAUAUCGUCCAUUGACUUGAAAGAAUUUGCGGUUAAACUUCAAAAUGAAUGCUGCAAACCAACUAUUGCUGCUACAAAUGCGUUCGUCCUCAUCGAAUGGUGUCAUUUGCUUUUACAGCACCUAGGUCAACGCGGUGCAGAGAACCUUGAAGACGCAACACACUUAGCUAUAAAUACCUUGUCCGCUCAUUCAAAAGCACUUGAAACGUGCCUCCGCUCAUCUAAACGAGAAGGCUUGAAACACUCUGCCAUAAUUGUGUCUAGGAGAGCGUUGCGAGUUAUCCUAAAAGAGGAGAAUGGCAACGAGGUUGUGCGUCGCCUGGUUGACCAGCUUACCAGCGAUUCGAGUUCAGGUUUUCGGAAUGCACCUUUUCUUGGAGUUAUAUCUGGCGUUUGUGCACGACUUCCUAACAGGCGGCCUGUCAUGGAGGAGGUGAAAGACAGUGUUUUUCGUUUUUUCAUAAAAGACAUUUUGGGCUCUCGUAUAAUGGUUCCCAUCCACAUCGUGGACGGCUUACAUGAUUUUUUUAUGGAAUUUGCAACCGUGGAAGAUCUUAAUAGAGAAAUCUGGCCGUCGCUCGAAAAGGCAACACUUAGAAGUCCGGAGGUGGUCUUUACGGGCAUUAUUCCCUCUCUAGUAUCUGCGAUCCCGCCACAGGUUGAUUUGUCCGAUAUAUUGCUAUCACGACUGGCGAAACCAAUUCUUGCGAGUCUUAAGUCCUCUGUUCAGGCCACUAGACAGGGUGCCGUGAAGGCAUUUGAAGCCGUGAUUUCCAGAUGCAAUGACAACAACUGUCUUCUUAAGAUACUCCAUGAGGUUCUUCAGCCUUUGAAAACUCUAAAGAUCAGCAAUGCGGAACACCGUACACUGCAAGCACAAAUUUUAACCACUUUUCCUUGCUCUGAAGAAAUAUCCCAGGCAGUAGUAUCUGAUCUCUUGCCAGCAUUGUCUCGUGAAAGCAAUGAGCCUGCACUUGAUGUUGAACUAAAGAGCUUUGUGCAUCAUCUAACCUACUUGAUACGUGCUGGGUGUACCAUUGGUGUGGAUAUUUUCGCUGCUAUUGUGAAAGGUUGCGGUGAAAAGCGAAGUGGUUUUCGCAAAACCUGGAUUGUUACUAUUGGUGAAAUGGUCUGGAAUCUGGACAGUGGCUCCUUAACUGCCUCUCUACCCAUCAAAAAGGGAUUCUUAAUCCCUGUGGUUGAUAAAUUUUCUGCCUCCUAUGAUGAGAUUGUUGCUAACCCUCUACCUGCAGCCCAGGGUGGAACAAUUUUAAUGGCAUACGUAUUUCUGGCACUCUCGUGUCAGAACCUCAAAGGCGUGAAGCUUGAUGAUGCUAAAGCUCUUGUUCAUACAGACGAGAUUAUUAGACAGUCACUGUUGCUAGCCCCUAAACCCUCAUUCUUGCUAAAUGCCAAGGUACUGGCCAAACUGGCUUCGAAAGAAGAACUCACAUGGAGUGCUCGUGCAUUGUCUAAACUGUCCGAAGAACCAAGCUUUUUGGCUGCAGAUACAUCUGUGAAGGAUGCCUGGGCGCAAGCGUUUCUCUAUAUGAUUACAUCUAAUACAGCUCCUCCAGAAACUCGAGAAUUUGCACAUGCUCAACUAACUCAGAGCUAUCUAAGCAACCCGGAAGUGAUUGGAGAAACGAUAAGGCAAUCUAUAUGGAAGUGGCUUCUUGCAAUCGAGGUCGGAGACAAAGACUCGGUUGCUAUCGCUUCUGGAAGCGGGGGUGACAGACUCUUUCUCGCAAUUAGAGCUAUCGUUCCCUCGCUAUCGAGGCUAUCAAGCAAUGGCGCGCAAUCCGCGCGACUUAACAAGCACCUAAUUGAACUUCUGGUGUUAUGUCGCCCCGAAAUAAUUCCUAAGGUGAACUGGAUAGAUGUUGUUCUAAAGGCCGGCGUAGACCCUGGUCAGCUUGUACAGAACCACCCUGCUGAGUGCAUGAGCCAAGUGUUACUCGCUACCGAAGAUGAAACGCGAGCAAAACUCUCUGUGGGGAAGCUUGCAGCGUGGAACGCCGCUGCUGAACUUGCCUUUGUUGCCCCAGAUGAUAUGAUACCGAAACUUGUUAAACAAUUUGAAGCAGACCUGAACGUUGAUAGGUUUACGAGAUUUGGUUUACUAGACAUUGAAAUUGCGCGUCACCCUGAAGACUCGACUUUUAUAGAUGUUCUGUCCGCCAAAACUACACGAUUACCAGGGAAAGGUGACAAGGAUUAUGACACCCUCAAAUGGGAACAGGAGCUUCGAACUGAAAUGGCUCGGAAGCGCGGUCAGCAACAAAAGAAGCUAACUCCAGAUGAACAAAAAAAGGUGAAUGCACAACUUGCCAAAGAAGGUGAAAUUCGGAAAUCUGUCCAGUCUCAAGAGCAGUUUAUUUUGCGAGGGGCCGGCAUUGUCGAAAGUCUUGCCAAAGGGCCUUCUACCGGUGCGGACGGAUGGAUCAGCCAAGCAGUCAAUGCUUUGAGCCUUCUUGUCAAGGCUGGCGCAGGUUCAUUAGUUGGAGAUAGUAUAUCCAAAGCAUAUGUGGCUUGCACUAAUCUGUUAUCUAGCCGUUUGGAGGAAAUCCGACCAUUUAUUGGCAUUGCCACCCUUCGCUCCUUGGGAAAGACCUAUUUGUCCUCUGACCUUGAAGUGGAAUCUCUUGGGAGCCUUGUCACUCGAAUUCUCUACCGUGUUCGACUUAUAUCCGAGCAGCGACCAUUUGAUGGCGUUUCCUUUGCAAUCCUACUUCAGCUAAUAUUCGUUGUCCUCGAAAGAGAUGGAAUCGAAGAGGCCGAUGAAACGCAGGGAGAGCAGGUUCUUCUUGCCCUUGAGUUUCUUUCAAUUCAUGCUAGCUUAUUCUCUGAGACCAGACUUCCCAGAACGGAGACGUUGCGACAACUCAUAUCUGUGAUGCGAUUACAUCCAGAGCAUUAUAAAUUAAUACGCGAUCUCCUUGCUGAUAUAUGCCGCUCUAUAGCGGGAAAUGUGAAUGCGGAUGAACUUACUAUUUUCCUUCAGGGGGCAAUUGUCCCCGAAACCUCGGUGCGCAGUGCCGUUCUCCAAGCAGUCGAGGCCGAAAUGGAUCUCACGGAUCUUGAUUUCUCUGAAUAUAUCUGGUUAAGUUGUCAUGAUCUUGUACCUGAAAAUGCUGAAUUAUCCAAGAUGAUAUGGGAAGAGAACGGUCUCGAAGUCGAUGAAAACUCUCCAAACCUUAUCAUGAAUUACCUUGACAGUGCUGAUCCUCAAUUAAGGGGUGCAGCGGCAGAAGCACUUGCGCAUUCAUGUGAAGUCAGUGCAACAGUUUUUACAGGAGCCCUUCAAAAGCUCGAAACCAAGUAUCGAGAUGAAAUUGCGCCGAAAGCCCCGCAGACAGACGCAUACGGGAUGCCAAAGAAGAUGGAACCGCCAGAUAACUGGGAACUCCGGAGCGGUAUAGCUUUGGCCUUAAAAGCAAUGGCUCAAUUGUUCGAAAGAGAUCGUGUUGUUGAGUUUUUUCAAUUUUUAAUCAACGAUGGUCCAUUAAUCGAUAAAAAUGCUUCUGUUCGCAGGCAGAUGGCCGAAAGUGGGAGUGCAGUGAUAGCUCUGCACGGACAAGAGAAUGUUGAGAAGCUUAUGGAGCUUUUUGAGACUACAUUGGCGUUAUCUGACAAAGCUACAGAGCAAUCUGAUUGGCUUAACGAGGCAGUGAUCAUUUUGUAUGGAUCGCUUGCUCGUCAUCUUGAAUCAAAUGAUAAACGACUACAAACUGUUGUCCAAAAACUUCUCGACACACUCUCUACUCCAUCUGAAACGGUUCAAUUUGCGAUUUCUGAGUGUUUGUCCCCCCUUAUUAGGCUUUCAACCUCCGAAAUCUCAUUCUAUAUUGAAACCUUGAUUGACCAACUACUACAUUCGAAGAAAUACGCCUCAAGGCGAGGAGCAGCGUACGGUCUCGCAGGCGUUGUUCAUGGGAAAGGGAUAUCUUCUUUGCGUGAGUUUCGUAUCAUGUCACAGCUCAAAGAUGCGUCCGAAAAUAAGAAAGAACCAAAUGAACGGCAAGGAGCACUGCUCUCUUUUGAGCUCUUUUCUUCAAUACUAGGCCGAGUCUUUGAGCCAUACAUCAUCCAAAUUGUUCCUCAAUUACUAGUGGGCUUCAGCGAUCCCCUCAUUGAUGUUCGUGACGCUUGUCUGGAUGCUGCCAAAGCAUGUUUUGCGAGCCUCAGCUCCUAUGGGGUGAAGCAAAUUCUGCCGACUUUGUUGGAAGGGUUGGAUGAUCAACAGUGGAGGAGCAAGAAGGGUGCCUGUGACCUCCUCGGAGCCAUGGCAUAUCUGGAUCCUCAACAAUUGGCAGUAAGCCUCCCGGAUAUUAUUCCGCCCCUUACUGUUGUUCUCAAUGAUAGCCACAAAGAAGUUCGGAAUUCUGCCAAUAGAAGUCUUCAGCGCUUCGGUGACGUUAUUAGCAAUCCGGAAGUAAAAGGCCUCGUCAAUAUUCUGUUGAAAGCCCUGAGCGAUCCUACAAAAUAUACCGAUGAAGCGUUGGAUGCCUUAAUUAAGGUAUCCUUUGUUCAUUAUCUCGAUGCACCUUCCUUGGCUCUUGUUGUGAGAAUUUUAGAAAGGGGACUAGGAGAUCGGUCGGCGACGAAACGCAAAGCUGCUCAGAUUAUUGGCAGCUUGGCUCACCUUACAGAGAGGAAAGAUCUCACAUCUCAUCUUCCAAUUUUAGUUGCCGGCCUCAAGAUUGCAAUUGUUGAUCCCGUACCUACCACCCGUGCCACGGCUUCCAAAGCACUUGGGUCUCUCAUCGAAAAACUCGGAGAAGAUGCAUUGCCAGACUUGAUCCCAAGUCUAAUGACUACUCUUAAAUCAGACACCGGGGCAGGGGAUCGCCUGGGUUCUGCCCAGGCCCUUUCUGAGGUUCUCGCUGGCCUCGGAACAUCUCGACUUGAAGAGACAUUGCCGUCGAUACUACAGAAUGUGUCUAGUUCGAGAGCUGCUGUUAGGGAAGGGUUUAUGUCGUUAUUCAUUUUUCUUCCUGCUUGCUUCGGCAACAGCUUUGCUUCGUAUCUUAGCAAAAUCAUUCCUUCGAUCUUAUCAGGCUUGGCUGAUGAUGUGGAGGCUAUACGAGAAACGUCUCUGCGUGCUGGUCGUUUGCUAGUCAAGAAUUUUGCCACAAAAUCUAUCGACUUGCUACUUCCGGAGCUCGAGCGAGGAUUAGCAGAUGAUAGCCAUCGCAUUCGUCUUAGCUCUGUUGAAUUGGUCGGCGAUCUUUUAUUCAACCUUACUGGUAUUAAUGCUCAAGCAGAUGUUGAAGAAGAGGACGACACUGCUGCUCAAGCCGGGCAAUCUCUUCUAGAAGUUCUCGGUGAAGAUAAACGUAAUAAAGUGUUGUCAGCACUUUACAUUUGUCGUUGCGAUACCUCUGGACUUGUUCGAAGCGCUGCAAUCAAUGUGUGGAAAGCCCUGGUUGCAAGUCCUCGAACUCUUAAGGAAUUGGUACCUACGCUUACGCAGUUCAUUAUCCGUCGCUUGGGUAGCGCAAACAUGGAACAAAAGGUCAUUGCUGGGAACGCUCUAGGAGAAUUGAUCAAAAAGGCUGGAGAAGGUGUUCUUUCUACUCUUUUACCGUCACUUGAAGCAGGCCUCUUAGCUUCAACUGAAACUGAUGCAAAACAAGGCAUUUGCAUUGCACUUCGAGAGCUUGUUAUUUCCUCGUCCUUAGAAUCCCUUGAGUCUUAUGAACGGAGCCUUAUUUCUAUCGUGCGAUCUGCAUUGCUAGAUGCCAAUAAAGACGUCCGGGAAGCUGCUGCAGAAGCUUUUGAUGCUUUGCAGCAGGCCUUAGGAAAACGUAUUGUCGAUCGAGUUUUGCCGGACCUUCUGAAUCUAUUACACCAAGAUACAGAGGCAGACCGGGCCCUUGCAGCACUUCUUACUCUACUCACGGACUAUACCCGUGCCAACAUAAUUCUUCCGAAUCUUGUACCGACUUUGUUGGCUAGCCCAAUGACCGUGUUCAAUGCUAAAGCAUUGGCUUCUCUAGCUGAAGUUGCCGGUAGCGCUCUCACCCGAAGAUUGCCAACCAUCUUGAAUUCUUUGAUAGACAACUCUCUCUCAGCCAAAAACGAAAAACUCAGACCCGAAAUCCAGAAUGCAUUCGAUGCUAUCCUCACUUCUAUUGACGAAUUUGAUGGCUUGAACGCAGCCAUGAAUGUAAUGCUUACCCUCAUGAAGCAUGAAGAUCAUCGCAAGCGUGCAGCUGCAGCGAAUCGCUUGUCAUCGUUCUUUAUGAAUACCACUCUCGAUAUUUCCCGUUACUACCCAGAAUUGAUCCGUGUGUGUCUGAUAUCGUUUGACGACUCUGACCGAGAUGUUGUAUUAGCAUCUUGGGAAGCGCUUAGCAAACUGACCUCUCAUAUGCGAAAAGAGGAAAUGGAAGGUUUGGUAAUUUCGACACGCCAAGUCCUCAAACAAGUUGGUGUAGCAGGUGCCAAUCUUCCCGGCUUUUCGUUACCCAAAGGAAUCAACGCCAUCUUUCCUAUAUUUCUCCAGGGCCUUCUUAACGGCAAUGUCGAGCAACGGGUUCAAUCUGCUUUGGCUAUCGGUGAUAUGAUUGAUAGAACUAGCCCUGAGGCCCUCAGGCCUUCAGUGACUCAUAUUACCGGUCCGCUGAUUCGUGUUGUAUCAGAGCGCUCUGUUGAAAUAAAAUGUGCCGUCUUCCUUGCUAUCAACAAGCUGCUUGAGAAGAUACCACAAUUCGUGAAGCCCUUUCUUCCACAACUACAAAGAAUUUUUGCGAGAGGUUUGGCAGAUUCAACAAGUGAAGCCCUACGAGCAAGAGCGUCAAAAGGUUUAGGAAUUCUCAUCACACUGACACCAAGAGUUGAUCCUCUUAUUUCUGAGCUUAUUGCGGGAGCCAAAACACCAGACACCGGUGUCAAAAAUGCAAUGGUUCGUGCAUUGCAGGAAGCUGUUGAUAAAGCUGGACAGAACAUGAACGAUGCAUCGAAACAAAGCAUCCUUGAUUUAAUUGACAAUGAAUUAAACGACCGUGAUGAUGCAUCCAACAUCAAUAAUGCGCAACUGAUUGGUGCACUUAUUAAAUCACUCCCGGAAGCUACAGCUAUUCCUUUGAUUAAAAACCGAGUUCUUUCAACAAACUUCACCCAUCUUUCCAUCCUUACUCUGAAUUCCAUAUUAGCAGAGUCGCCAAAAUCGAUAUCAGACAAAUUCCCAGACGAAACCUUGUCCAUUAUUUGUCAAGGAAUAAAGCACAAAGAUGUUUUUAUAUCUAGCAAUAGUGUGCUUGCCGCUGGUAAAUUCCUGUUGGCUACAGAUAUUGAUCGCGAUACCGAGACAGAUAGGGUGGUUCUCGAAACUUUGAUAUCGGUGAUACCGCCAGGAGGUCCGAUUGACACACGUCGUGUGGCUUUAGUGGUCCUCCGAACCGUUAGCCGAUUAGAACCUGACCUUGUCGGGCCACAUCUUCCUUUGCUGGUGCCGCCCGUGUUUUCCAGCGUGCGCGAUCCAGUUAUACCAAUCAAACUUAGUGCAGAAGCUACGUUUUUGACAUUACUUCAGGUGGUAGAUGCAGGAAAUGCUAUCUUUGACAAAUAUAUACAAGGGCCUGGUGCAGAUCUACCGACGACAGUUAAGCGAAGUAUGCAGGACUACUUUAAGCGCGUUGCCUUACGAUUAGCAACGCAAGCCCGCGAGCGACGAGACGCGGAAGGCGGUGCUGGUGGAUUGGAUUUAGCUAGCGAUGAAGCCGACGAUGAAAGAGAGCUUUGGAGCGUUGGUAGAGUUGAUCUGGGGGAGUUCUCUGAAGAGGUCAACCUCCGCACUCAGAAGCGCCUGGCCGCUGCGGUCGUCGGCUGCGGUCAACGUAAGAUCUGGCUCGACCCCAACGAAGUCAACGAAAUCUCCACCGCCAACUCCCGCCAGACCAUCCGGAAACUCAUCAGCGAUGGCUUGAUCAUCCACAAACCCGUCACGAUGCACUCGCGUGCGAGAGCCCGUGAGCUCGCAGAGGCCCGAAAAAUCGGCAGACAUCGAGGUUUCGGUAAACGAAAGGGUACAAAGGACGCCAGAAUGCCCACUCAAGUUUUGUGGAUGCGUCGUCUGCGAGUCCUCCGCCGUCUUCUCGCCAAAUACCGUGCCGCUGGCAAGAUCGACAAGCACCUCUACCACGAGCUGUAUCACUUGAGCAAGGGUAACACCUUCAAGCACAAGCGGGCUCUCGUCGAACAUAUCCACAAGGCCAAGGCCGAGAAACAACGUGAACGUGUUCUCAAGGAGGAGAUGGACGCCAAACGUGCCAAGACAAAGGCUGCCCGCGAGCGACGACAGGAGCGUAUUGCAGCAAAGAGAAAUGCUCUUGUUGGCGAGACCGAGGAAGCUUAA